CGUGCUAUAUAUAUAUUUUUCCAUACUAUAAAUACUCCAACUCGUCGUCUCUCACAAAAAACCACAAUCAUUUUCAGCUCAGUUUAAACAACAAAAAUGGCGACUGAUAAUCAAGAAAACUCGAUCGGAUUGAAGCAAGUAUGGAGUUGGUUGAUAAGCUUCGUGAUUUGUACAGCGAAAGACGCGAAAAAGCUCGGAGAAGAAGAUCCGAGAAGAGUUAUCCACUCGUUCAAAGUUGGGUUAGCCAUAACUCUGGUUUCUCUGUUCUACUACUUCGAUUUCUCGUACCAAGGUUUUGGUGUCAACGCAAUGUGGGCUGUUAUGACUGUUGUCGUAGUUUUCGAAUUCUCCGUCGGCGCAACACUUGGGAAAGGGGUAAACAGGGCGAUCGCGACGCUGUUGGGCGGUGGAUUGGGUGUUGCAGCUCAUCGAUUAGCGAGUUUUGCUGGGGAGAAGAUCGAGUGCGUUAUACUCGGCAUGUCUGUUUUCUUCAUAGCUUCUGCGGUGACGUUUUGUCGAUUCUUUCCGAAAAUGAAGGCGAGGUUCGAUUACGGGCUUCUGAUAUUUAUACUGACGUUCUGUUUGAUAACGGUGUCGGGUUAUAGAGAUGAUGAGGUGAUAGAUAUGGCUCAAAGAAGGCUUUCGACGAUACUUAUAGGUGGAUGCGCUACUGUUUUCAUUUGCAUGCUCAUAUGCCCUGUUUGGGCUGGUGAAGAUCUUCAUAAAUACACCGCCUCUAGCAUCGAAAAGCUUUCGAUUUUCUUGGAAGGUUUCGGACGAGCGUACUUCCAGGUAUCAAACGAGAAGAAUCAAGAAAACAAUGUAGCAUCACUUGAUCAAUACAAAACUGUUCUCAACUCCAAAGGCAUUGAGGAUUCUUUGGUGAACUUCGCGAAAUGGGAGCCCAGACAUGGUAAAUUUAGGUACCGUCAGCCAUGGGAUCAAUACCUAAAAAUCGGAUCCCUCUCAAGAGAAUGUGCGUACAAAAUCGAUGCAAUUAACAGCUACCUCAACUCAGACGCGCAGACACCUGUCGAAAUUCAAAAGAAGAUUCAAGAACCAUGCACGAAAAUGAGCACGGAGUGUAGCUACGCAUUGAGAGAACUAGCAAUGGGGAUCAAGACGAUGACUUGUUCUUUAUCGGCCGAUAUUCACAUUGUGAAUGCAAAAGCUUCUGCGAAGAAGCUCAAAUCCAUGCUGAAAAACGGGCGGCCCGAAAUUGAUCUUCUCGAAAUAAUCCCGACUUUCACCGUUGCUUCGUUAUUGAUCGAAGUGGUUUCUUGCACCGUGAAGAUUGCGGAUUGCGUGCAUGAACUUGGUUCGAAGUCGAAAUUCAAGAGCCCCGAUCCAGUAAAGAUGAAGAAACAGACAAGUUGUAAGAAAUUGACAAGGUCUCCUAGUAUUGAAAGAUCACAUAGUUUCAGCAUUUCAAUUGAGUGAGACAAAUGGGAAUUAAUUAGGGUUACCUUUGUUGUAAUAUAGGAUUUAAGAGAUAAUAUGAUUUUUUAGGAAUCAUCAAAUUGUAAGGGCAAUUUUCUGCCCUCCGGCUGUACAUUAUUUAAAAAAAUAAUAAUAAAAAAAAUAUGUCCUUUUAUUAAAUAUGUGUAAUUG